UAGGAGCACAGGUUAGUGAUACAGCUAAGAUGGCGCGUAUGACGGCUGUGUGAAUGGUCGUUUCCACGGCAGAAUGGAGCUGGGUCACCGUACUGUCCGAUCUGUACGCCAGGCAUGUUGGUUACCAUGGAUAACAUUCAGAACGGUUUUCCUAACGUAACCCAUAGCGCUCCGGGACAAACAGCAUUAACUAAUGAUAAUCAGUGUCGUCAGAAGAGCCGAAAGGAACCAGUAAAACUAAUGAUAAUCAGUGUCGUCAGAAGAGCCGAAAGGAACCAGUAAGUUGGAUAACGGUACGUAUUUACGACCUGUUGAUUUGUUGUCUAGUAUACGUGUAUUAUUCAUUUGUAACUUAUAAUUAACUGACCAAGAAUUCACGAAUUGGUAUUUCGGAAGGGACGUAAAAUGGGGGUCCCGUGUUCGAGAAGAUGCCUCGAGAACGUAAAACAGCUUCAUUACUCUAGCAAAAUUGGGUACCUACUGGCUGCAAAUAAUACACCAUUUGUAAUGCCUUGAAUUAGUGCUGCUAUGUGGCCUAUAGUAUUGAAAGAAAAAUUGAAAUAGUAAAAAAAGAGAAAUCAUUCUGAAAACUUGCGAUACUGGUAUCUAGAAUCUGGUUAUUCUUUUCGUCAUUUUCAGGUGACUAGAAGUCAUCAUAUUAUGACAUCUCUGAGCACGGACGGACGGACGAACCAACGUUUAUCAUAAUUGAAAAGCUAGCAGAGUUGCGUGUCAAAUUAAGUGUUUUUUCCUCUUUCUAUUUACGGUUCCCAGGCUCUUCUGACUGACUGUAUGAAACAUCGGCGGCGUCACUUCCCCACGCAUUUCCCGUCUACGCGUGCUGAGAGAAAAUGAUCACACCAUUGAUGUGAAACUGCAUACAGAAUUACAUGCUGCCCACAUGCACAAUAAGCAUUUAAUCAAGGACGAAAUACAUUAUUGACGCAGACGCGGUUCUCCCUCGUCUCGAGUAAACUACUACUGCGCUACUUGAUACUUUGGCCACAGGGCGCAAGGUCUGAAUUAGACUGACUUAUCAGGCAUCACACCUGCCGCUUUACCACAAACACGACUGCUGCCUGCAACUCUCUCGCCGCCUUGUCACGAUGAACCGUACUGAUAUCGACGGGAACUUCUCCACGACCAACGGCACAGACGAGACCGCCUUGGUCAUCUCCACGGCCGAGAAAGUCGUGGAGAUCUCCCUCUUGGCGCUGGCCUUCUUCUUUGCCUUCUGCGGGAACUUGCUGGUUUGGGUGAGCGUCCUCUGGAAGCCCAACCUCCGCAAGGAGACGGCUAACUACCUGAUCCUGAGCCUGAGUGCGGCGGACAUGACGGUAGCUGCCUUCAACCUACCGUUCACGAUGUCGGCCGUGGCGCGGGGAGACUGGGUGCUGGGGGACGGUGUCUGCACCCUGCUCGGCUUCACCAACAUGAUCACGUUCGUGGCCUCCGUCAUGAACCUCGCCGCCAUCGGCGUCAACCGGUUCUGCAUCAUCGUCCACUACUCCAAGUACCCGACUUACUUCGACAAGAGAGGAACAGCCCUCACCAUCACCGGCGUGUGGCUGUUUUCGAUCCUCCUGGCGGUGCCUCCGCUAGCCGGCUGGGCGGAGUACUCCUACCUGCCGGGGCAGUCCAUCUGUUUCUGCAACUGGCCGUCCAGCGUGUCCUACACCUUCUUCAUGGUGGCUGUGUGCUUCGGCGGGCCCUGCUCCGUCAUGGCCUUCUGCUACACCAGAAUCAUCCAGGCCGUCCGCGAGAGUAGGAGGAGAGUCCGACAAGGAGACGAGCCGGCGUCGAGUCAGGCUCCGCCCGUUCGGUUAGCCUUCACUCGACCUCAGGAAACGGGACAGAUGAAUGGAAAUCAACAAGGUAGAUUCAAAUCUUUAACAUCAAUCAAAUCUCAGUCAGAAGACGAAAUAAUUCCUUUAACGGAAAGGCCCAAUAAGCCGAGCUCAAAUCUUCUGACAGUCCCAAUAAUGACUACGCCUCAUUCUAGACACCAAAUCAACAUCGAUUCCCAAAGCAACAAAACAGCUGACAGCAUCACAACUAUAUCAGUUGAUGAAAGCGGAAAUUCUAGCCCUUUGCCUGAUUUGGCCCCAGUCGCAAGCUCGUCUGCUCUUAUCGUAAGAAAACACCAAGAAGCUAUGAAAAGAAAGGCCCGAGAAGAAGAUAUAAAACUGACAAAAUCCUUCGUCGUUGUGAUUGUGGUGUUCACGCUGUGCUGGUUGCCGUUCUGCGUGGCUAUGUUCUGGUCGGUGUUCUCCCCCACGCCGGUCCCGCGGCUGGUAGACAUGGCAACUCUGAUGCUGGGCUACUCCAACAGCUGCUGGAACCCCAUCAUCUACGGGGUCAUGAACAAAAAGUUUCGCGCCGUAUUCAAAGAACUCUUAAGGAAAAUCUUCCAGUGCAAUUGUACGCGAUAGUACCUAUAACCUGUUUCAAACAUUCGGCGCAAUAUGAUCAACACUACCUCGUGUACAUAUACAUGUGAAAGAUAUAGUAUGUAAGUAUUUUAGCACAGGCUUUACUGAAUCGAUGUCUACUAGUAUUUAACUUGGUUUUGUUUGAGUAUAUUCCAUAUGUGUCCCAUUAACUAUUCAGUGCAAGAAAUGUGAAUGAUGGUGGUGACAAGUAUUGCAGUGUAUAGAUUGACAGUAAUCAUGUUGAUCUAGAACUUGAGCAAGGAAAUACGUAACAGGAAGCAUCGAGUCUUAGACAACAAGCAUGUUUUUGAGGUUUAAUUCUGUAUGAGUGCCAACUCUUCUUAUGUCACAUAUCCCACAGAAAAUUUCAUUUUCCACCAAUAAUGAUACACAUAUGAAACAUGACAGGACAAAUCGGAUGUACAUAUUUGUCAUGUAAUAUUCAGAUAUACGUAUGUCAAAACCGAAAUUCUGCUACAGUACCUACAGUACAAGCCGCUAUGGGGCCCAAAAUCUAAUGUUUUCAAGGUCUCAUUAAGACCUACACACAUAUGAAAUAUUAAUACAAUCCAUCCAUGUCUUCUUAAGUUAUGUUAUUCAUCCACAUACACACAUACAUACAUACAUACAAACGCUUCGAAAAACAUAACCUUCUUGGCGAAGGUAUUGAGCACGGCAAUUCUGAGUACAAAUAUAGAUAAAACUGUGUUCCCGUGCCUGCACGUGUUUCAAUCAUCAGACCUUUAAUUGGUCCUGCGUCAUCAAAUGUUCUAGUAAUCUAACCACCUGACUAGAAAACAGCGGAUAGCUAUGGCCAGAUGAUCUGACAUAUAUUCUUUUACAUUGAUACAUUUCAAUAAGAUAAAUAUAUAC